AUGUCCUCGGCAAACAACGAUAUAACACUCCCACAUUCCUCUUCCACCUCUUCCUUAAGCGCGCCUCUUUCUGAAAACACUUCACUUCAAACUCCCAUAAAUCCUGCUACAAUUCUUGAAAAAUAUAAAGGAAAGAAAGAUUCGAAUAAAGGUUGUGUAUUUGAUAUUUCGCUUCAGUUCUUAUAUGUAAAUAGUGCUUUCUCUCCUGCUCCCGAUGAGAUUGUGUCAAAUUUGCACAAGUGUUUUAAUACAGAUGGACACCUUAUAAUAAAUUAUUGUACAAGUGCCGCAUGGGGUUAG